CCGGAAGUCUCCUCUUAACUCCGCGGGACUUGACACUGGUGGCAGGAAUGGCGGCUAUGAUCACUGGAGGAAGGAACCAAGAGACCCUGAAACUUUACUUCUGACGGCCCCGCAGAGGAAUGUGUUUCUAGUGAAGGGCAGAAACACCCUCCUGUAACGGAUUACAGCGAGAAGAAGUGCUGUAACGUGAGAUCACGGCGGUAGAUGUCCGGGUCGGGGAGGUAGACGCACUUUGCUAGUUAGCCUAACGUUAGUGCCACUGACUUUGAUUCAAGGUAGCUGUUAGCCCGCUGCACUACUAGCCAGCUGUUGGCUACUUGGCUUGGCUGGCCCAACAAGUUAUUAACUGUGUGAAAGCAACCUUUAUUUGAAUAUUCGAGUUGGGAUCGGCUCCUGCUUGGUACACAGUAUUAGGGACGUUUACAGAGAUUGGGAUAAGGCGCGUUGGGAACAUCAUUACAACAGCUAACCUCAACGUUAGCUCGGCUUAGCUAAGUUGGGAUCCUGAAGUCUCGCCCAUUUUUUGGAUCCUGCCCCAGCCAUUGGCUAAGGGCUAAUCAACAGCCAACUUGUGUUCUUUUCAGGCUCAUUUGGUACUACGAUGGAAAGUCUAACGCUGAGUGAUGUCGAGCAGAAAUAUUACUCGGAUUUGUUCGUUUACUGUGACACGGACAACACUAAAAAAGUGGCUUCCAACGGGAGAGUUCUUGACCUUUUCCGGGCGGCCCAGCUACCCAGCGAAGUUGUCCUGCAGAUCACAGAGCUAUGUGGAGCCACUCGGCUGGGUCACUUCGGUCGGAGCCAGUUCUACAUCGCUCUGAAGCUCAUCGCCAUCGCCCAGUCAGGGCUGCCUCUGAGGGUGGAGAGCCUCAACUCGGUCAAGGAUCUACCGUUGCCAAGGUUUGUGGUGGGGAAGAAUGAGGCAGAAGCGAGACAUGCUGCACUGUACCAAGAUCCCGACAGUCAGGGAUUGUACCCUGCCCCCGGUACUGCAGUAAUACCCAGGCCACCUGGCAGGGGUCACCAGAACAAGAAAGGACAUCCCUCAUCCACUUCACUUCCUGUCCACGAGGUCAUUCAGCCCCUGGCAACUACUAUAGAAUCACAGCCUGAACCAACGUCCCCAGUGGUCUCCCCUCACCAGUCUCCCCCAACCUCACCUCAUUCCUGGAGGAAGCACAAGCGGCAACACAGUGGAGGAAACGCAGAGCGACAACCUGUGGUGGCAGCAACUGGAGCCGUGUGGACGCAGUUCAGAGAACCACAAACAGGUCCAGUGGCUGGCGAUGGCAUGUGGCCGUCCCACUCACCGCCUCUUCCAGGUCAGGAGAGUUGGGUCAGUUUUACAGCGGACACACCGCCUUCCAGCACGCUUCCAGCAAUGCAUCCAUCAUCAGUCCAGGAAAGCACAACAAUACGAACAGUGGCCUCAGCUGCAACGACCAAUGAGAUCCAGCGACAGUCCAGCACGUACGAUGAUCCGUGGAAGAUCACAGACGAGCAGAGGCAGUAUUACAUUAACCAGUUUAAAACAAUUCAGCCUGACCUCACUGGCUUCAUACCUGGUUCAGCAGCAAAAGAGUUCUUCACUAAAUCAAAGCUACCGAUUUUAGAAUUGUCACAUAUUUGGGAGCUGUCAGACUUUGAUAAAGAUGGAGCGCUGACCCUGGAUGAAUUCUGCGCUGCCUUUCACUUAGUUGUGGCCAGGAAGAAUGGCUACGACCUCCCCGAGAAGCUUCCUGAAAGCCUGAUGCCAAAGCUGAUUGACCUCGAUGACUCAGCAGAAGUCCCAGAGCAGACAGCUGAUGUUGGAUACUCUGCGUCACCAGUAGAGGUGACCCCCAACAAGUCUCCCUCUAUGCCUUCGCUCAAUCAAGCCUGGCCAGAGAUGAACCAGAGCAACGAGGACACGGCCAUCGUUCACCCAGUUCCCAUCCGGAUGACGCCCAGUAAGAUUCACAUGCAGGAGAUGGAGCUGAAGAGGACUGGCAGUGACCACAAUCAUCCUACCAGUCCUCUGCUGGCUAAACCUCCAGAACUGUCUGAAGAAGCCAAAUUACCCGCCUCCAUGAAGUUUGUAGCUGCCAACACUGUAGGUGAUGGUUACAGCAGUUCAGACUCUUUCACCUCAGACCAGGAGCCAAUCACAAGGCAGAGGUCUCAGUCGGGUACGUCCCCAGAGGCUUUGAAGGUGGUAGCCCCGCCUCCCCCUCCACCCCGUCCCCACCCCUCCCACUCUCGCUCCUCAUCUCUGGACAUGAAUCGCACCUUUGCUGCCACGUCUGCCACAGGACAACCCCAACCCUCUACGAUAGCUUACCCUCCUGCUGUGCCUCCACGACCGCUUCCCACACAAACAUCAGUACCACUCACCGGGCAUCGCGUAGAGGCAGAGAGUAUACCAGGAGGCGGGGCGGUGCUCACCACCACAUCCCCACAGCAGAUUCCCCAGCAGCCCAACUUUGCAGAUUUCAGCCAGUUUCAGGCCUUUGCAGCCUCUGAGCAGCCCUCAAGCCUACCAGAGGUGGACAAACACAUCGAGCCAGGACAGGGGGACAAGCCUUCAGAGGGGGCCGGCCCCUUGAGAACAGUUAAGAGUGACGGCCAAGCUGAUGAGAGACCCUCAGCUACAGUCAACUCUGGAGCCAAAGGCUCCUCCGGCCCCCUGGCCCCUCCCCCCAAACCUGUACGUCGAAGGUUGAAGUCUGAAGACGAGCUGAGGCCGGAGGACGAGCAGCACGGUCCACAGAAAUCUAACGUCAUAGCCGCCGUCCUGGCCACUCAGCCUUCCAUUCCCAGGUCAGUUGGAAAGGAUAAAAAGGCGAUUCAGGCUUCAAUCAGAAGGAACAAGGAGACAAACACUGUUUUGGCACGACUUAACAGUGAGCUCCAGCAGCAGCUGAAGGAUCUGCUUGAAGAAAGGAUAUCUCUAGAAGUCCAGCUGGAGCAGCUCAGACCCUUUUCCCAUCUUUAACCUACAUAUGGAGAGCAACUCUACUGUAGUUCAUCUGAAUCAAGGCUGUGGCCCUCGUUGUGACUCCUCCCUUCCUCCUCUCCUUUUCCUUCCAUCAAUCUCGGCUUUUCCCGGAGGCUUCAACCUGCCUCAGGGCAUUCCGUUAAAAACUGUCACGCUCAAUCACACACUGCUCAAUCGUAAACUGGACAGACCUGAGGGCACAGUCUUACCAGUGGGAGGAGAUCUUAGAAACUGGCACUUUUCACUUUUUGCUAAAGAGAGGCGAAGGUGAGGAGGAUGACGGCAAACUGAGAGGCAGAGCGCUCCAGCUCCAAGUUCGCUCUGAAGAUAAAACUGCUGGUGUCUUGAUUAAAUCACUCUCUGAAUGACUGAA